GCACUGCUUAAAGGGAGGCUGGCCCGUGGCGGGUCGGGGAAGCUUAAUCUGUGUGCCCAUCUGCCCCACUACGGUGGAGCUGGCGCCGCGGGACCUUGUCGAGCGGGGUGGCCCAGACCUGAGAGAAAGCUGAAGCAUCCAUCUACAGAAAUGUCUUUGGGAAGUAAGGAGCAAAAUGACUGUCCACAAAAGGAUUCAGCUGAAGAAAAUGGACAAUACAAAUCUCUGUCUGGGAUCCACCAGGAGGCUGAGAAGGAAUCCAGGACUGACUUCAAGCAUUCUGAAGUCAACAAUCAGUGCAGACCUCAUCUCAGAAUUCAUAUGGAACCUCAAGAGAAAUCAGAUACAAACUUCAAGCAGUUUUUCAUCCACAAAUUACAAAAAAGUUGCCAGUGUAGCUCAACCAAAGUCAAAAAUAUGAUUUUCGGUUUCCUUCCUGUUUUGCGGUGGCUCCCAAAAUAUGAUCUGAAGAAGAACAUUUUAGGAGAUAUGAUGUCUGGCUUGAUUGUGGGCAUCUUAUUGGUGCCCCAGUCCAUUGCAUAUUCCCUCUUGGCUGGCCAGCAACCUAUUUAUGGUCUGUACACUUCCUUUUUUGCCAGCAUCAUUUAUUUCCUGUUGGGGACCUCCCGCCACAUCUCUGUGGGCAUUUUUGGAGUGCUGUGCCUUAUGAUUGGUGAAGUCGUUGACCGAGAACUACAUAAAGCUGGCUAUGACACUGCCCAUAUUGCUCCUUCUUUAAGUGUAUUUUCAAAUGGGAGCGCAUUAUUAAACAAGACAUCAGGCAGCAUAUGUGACAGAAGUUGCUAUGCAAUCAAAGUUGGCAGCACUGUCACCUUUAUGGCUGGAGUUUAUCAGGUAGCCAUGGGCUUCUUUCAAGUGGGAUUUGUUUCUGUCUACCUCUCCGAUGCCUUGCUGAGUGGAUUUGUCACUGGUGCCUCCUUCACUAUUCUUACAUCUCAGGCCAAGUAUCUCCUUGGGCUCAGUCUUCCUCGGAGUAAUGGUGUGGGCUCACUCAUCACUACAUGGAUACAUAUCUUCAGAAACAUCCACAAGACUAACCUCUGUGAUCUCAUCACUAGCCUCUUGUGCCUUUUGGUUCUUUUGCCAACCAAAGAACUCAACGAACACUUUAAGUCAAAGCUUAAGGCCCCAAUCCCUUCUGAACUCAUUGUGGUUGUGGCAGCCACGUUAGCCUCUCAUUUUGGAAGACUCAAUGAGAAAUACAAUACCAGCAUUGCUGGGCAUAUUCCCACUGGGUUUAUGCCACCCCAAGCUCCAGACUUGAGCUUAAUCCCGAAUGUAGCUGUAGAUGCAAUCGCUAUUUCUAUUAUUGGUUUUGCUAUCACUGUGUCACUUUCUGAGAUGUUUGCCAAGAAACAUGGCUACACAGUCAAAGCGAAUCAGGAAAUGUAUGCCAUUGGCUUCUGCAAUAUCAUCCCGUCCUUCUUCCACUGCUUCACUACUAGUGCUGCUCUAGCAAAGACCCUGGUUAAAGAAUCAACAGGCUGCCAAACUCAACUUUCCAGUGUGGUCACAGCUCUGGUUCUUUUGUUGGUGCUCCUGGUAAUAGCUCCUCUGUUUUAUUCCCUUCAGAAAAGUGUCCUUGGUGUGAUCACCAUUGUCAAUCUCCGGGGAGCCCUACGUAAGUUUAAGGAUCUGCCCCAAAUGUGGAGGGUUAGCAGGCUGGACACAGUUAUCUGGUUUGUUACUAUGCUGUCCUCAGCACUGAUCAGUACUGAGCUAGGCUUGCUUAUUGGAGUUUGUUUUUCUAUGUUUUGUGUCAUCCUCCGUACUCAGAAACCAAAGAGCCCCUUGCUUGGCUUGGUAGAAGGAUCUGAAAUCUUUGAAUCCUUGUCUGCUUACAAGAAUCUUCACACUAAGCCAGGCAUCAAGAUUUUCCGCUUUGUAGCCCCUCUCUACUAUGUAAACAAAGAAGGUUUUAAAUCAGCUUUAUACCAAAAAACCCUCAACCCAGUCUUAGUGAAAGCAGCUCAAAGGAAAGCAGAAAAGAGAAAAAUGAAAAGGGAAACAAUAACUCUCACGGGAAAGCAAGACGAAGUCUCUGUGCAGCUUGCCCAGGAGCCCCUGGAGCUCCACACCGUAGUGAUAGACUGCAGUGCAGUCCAGUUUUUAGACACAGCGGGAAUCAGUACACUAAAAGAAGUCCGCAGAGAUUAUGAAGCCAUUGGCAUCCAGCUUCUGCUGGCUCAGUGCAACCCCUCUGUGAGGGAUUCCCUGGUCCGUGGAGAAUAUUGCAAACCGGAAGAUGAAAACCUUCUCUUUUACAGUGUAUAUGAAGCAAUGACUUUUGCAGAAGACUCAAAGCCAGCAGGGAACAUGCAUUCCCAAUGGCCAGAGUCUUUCCAGUGACUGACUGAGAAUGGAGAUUGUAUGGAUAAUGUUUAACCGAUAGGUUAAGAUUUCGACUGUAUGCAAUACUUCCCACUGUGGAACUUGUACCUGCUGGGCAGGUGGCUUCUGAAGCACAAGGGAAUAUAACCAGACACAUUUUUCCCCCUUGGUUUUUCAUCUCUAACCCCAGUCUUUGCUUCAUAGAUGUCAGCAGAAUUUCUGACUUUUAACAUGAAAUCAUCACUCCCCUGCUUAAGGAAGGGAACCACAGACAGUCUUUGGGAUGCUGAUGGCUGCUUGGGUUGGUGAAAUCUUACCAGCCAACCUCAAUAUAUAUAUUCUUUGUUAUACAUUUGAUAGCUACGCUUUCUGGUUUAGGGUAGGUAGGGAGGCAAAGAAUACGUGGUGCAUCUGGCUAAGCACACACAUUACAGUGCACAAGGACCCAGGUUCAAGUCCCUGGUCCCCACCUGUAGAGGGAAAGCUUCUCAAAUGGUAGAGCAGGGCUGCAGGUGUCUCUCUGUCUCUUUUUCUCCCUACCUCCCCUCCCUUCUCAGUUUCUAUCUCUAUCCAAUAAUAAGUAAAUAAAAAUAUUUUUUUUAAAGAGAGCACUUUAAAAUGAGCAAAAUGAGAGGAAUUUGGCCUGUUUAUGCUACGAUCUGUCUCUGUUGCUGAAUCUUUCUAUGCCGCUUGAAAUUCCAUGUUAUGUUUUAGUCCUUGUGUGUGUAUUCCAUAGGAUCUGGUUAAAGUACGAUGUCUGAUUCCAAGUGAGCAGAGUGCUGAGUCAACAAUUUGAGACAGCCUUUUUUUUUUUUUCCCCCCUCCCCAUGAACUAGAGGCAAACUAUUAAGUAUGGAUUACAAAAAGGAAUGCUUGAUAGGUUCCUUCAAGAAUUUGUUUACUUAGUGAAUUUUUCCUAUGCUAUGACAAGUUAACAAGGGUAGGCUGAGGACUGACAGUUUUCUCAGUCAAUGUAUUUACUCCACAGGAAAUGUCAGUUGUGACCAAUAGGAAGACAAAUAAAGCACUGAAGCAAGAGUGCUUCAAAAAUUUGUAUAUGUUUUAGUGAAAAGAAAACUAAUGCUUAUUGCCAUGGACUCCACUGAUACACCAUAAAUAUUGAUACAGUGACAGUAGUUAACUCUUUGGACCACCAAAAACUACCAUGCAAAGGGAUUUAAAAGCAUCACACUCAUAUAAUUCAAGUUCUCUGGGUGCAUUGUUUUUAAGUGGCCACAGGCUGUGGCCAUGAGAAUAGUUCCUUUACAGAAGCAAGAAUCAGUUUAGCUUGGGAGGCAGCUCAGUAAAUAAAAUCCACUUUCAGGUAUGAAGUACCAGGUGCCAUCAUCCCUGGCUUUACAUGUACUAGUGUGAUGCUUCUGGUUCUCUUCCCCACCCCAGUCUAAUAAACAAGUCACUCUAGAAAGCGAGAGAGGCAAGAAUUGUACUUGCUUCUGCAGUACAUAUACCUACAUGAAAACUUACAGUUCUAUGUGGACUUUGAUAGGUUAACCAACCAAACAAACAAGCAUAUUGGUUUUCCAAAGAUAGGACUAGGAGACUAUGAAAUUGAGGGCAGGGGUAGAUAGCAUAAUGGUUAUGCAAAGAGACUCUCAUGCCUGAGGCUCUGAAGUCCCAGGCUCAAUCCCCUGCACCACCAAAAGCCAGAGCUGUGCAGUGUUCUGGUAUUUCUUUCUGUGUCUUUCUCUGCAUCUCUCUCAAAGAUAAAAUAAAAAACAAACAAAAUACUUAAAAAAUAAAUAAAUAAGCCUUUAAAACAAAGAAAUUGAAACAUUUGUAGUCAUACCACUUAAAGUAGUUGCAAAAGUACAAAAGCAUUUUAUAAAAGCAAACUAUAUCAGAACUCAGUUGAUGUGAAACACUUUUAAGCCUACUUAGCUUUUUGUCUUGUACAAAUGUUGCUUUUCUUUUGGUAGAGCUCUGACCAUCUGUCUACAUUAGAAAAAAUAAAAAUAAAAAAAUAAAAGAUCCAUUAUUAAAACAAAGCACUUCCUCAGUAGAAAAGCUGGAUGUCUGUCUCCAAGGUCUUUGACAUAAGUCACAAUUAAAUGUAUUAAUGUCUUAAAUAUUUUAUGUCCUUAUAGAAUUUCAGAAACACUAGCUGUUUGAAUUUGUGUUGUUGUUGUUGUUGUUUUGUCAUAAUUGCACUUUCUUCUUAUCCUUAAGACUAAUCACGAUUAGUAAAAUCACGGUAUGCUUGUCAGUCAUUUACUUCUAAUCCCUUUUGUCCCUCCUCUAGGUCUGACUCGAGACCAUUAUAGAUGUCUAAUGCCAUGUGACAGAGUAAUGAAUAUGUGUUUAUAAUACUAUAGAACUUAACAAACAGCACAGAAAAAAAUUAAGUCCAAAGAAGAGAAAAUCCCUUAUGGGAAAAAAAAGAAAGAAAGAAAGAAAGAAAGAAAGAAAGAAAGAAAGAAAGAAAGAAAGAAAGAAAGAAAGAAAGAAAAUCCCUUAGGAUUUGGUCUUUAUCUGACAUUUCUGUCCCUGCAUAUAAGCAAGUCUAGAACUUUAUGCAUUCAACAAAUUCUUGAACUGUGUUCUGGUUUGUACCUGUACCUCUCGCACCCAUCCGAACAAGAGAUUGUGGUUUGGGUAGCCAUUUGCAAAAGCAUUUUAAGAUUUCACUACAGUUUUUAUCUUAUAUUAUGUAUGAUUGGGUAGAGGUUGGUCUUUAUGUUUAUUAAAAAUGUUUGACUACUGAUAUUUUUUAAAAAAAAAAUCAAACCUGGAACCACAGCCUGAUUUCCUCACCAGAAAACUAGUGUCUUAAUUUUCUUUCUCAAGAACCUGGACAGUCAUAUACUACAUGGUAUUUUGUAUACUUUUUGAUACAAAAAUAUUCUGGGUUUACUUUAAACAUGGCCGUGUAGUGAAGCAUUUUCUUGUUGCUUAUUGGCACUCACACAAUAUUCUGAGUAUCUUAAAAUGGCCAUUUGAGCCAUAGUGUGUACAUUCUUGAUGAUUAAAAAAAAAGUCACAACCAGAGGGGUGAUGUGUGCCAGUACACAAAGAGACUUAAGAAUUACUUUCUAGAGAGGAAAAGAAAGGACCAUUGAAGAUGCUAUUUCUGACCAAACAAGGGAGAAAAGAGAGGACUCAAGUGAAUAUAGACUGUCUUUCAUGAAGACUGAAUGAAUGACUUUAGAACUUAUCCGUGCCUCUGAUGGUGGUAAACUGACAUGUUUAACUGGACAUUAUUUUUUUUAAUUUUUUAUCUUUAUUUAUUUAUUGGGUAGAGAGAGCCAGAUAUCAAGAAGGAAGGGGGUGAUCGAGAGGGAAAGAGACAUCUGCAACACUCUUCACUUGUAAGGCUUUCCUCCUAUGGGUGGGAACUGGGGGUACAAACCCAGGUUUUGCACAUUGUAACAUGUGCGCUCAACCAGGUGCACCACCACUUGGCCACAUCAUCAUUAUUUUUUCAAGUAGGGCCAAAGGAAAAAUUAGAUUUGUAUAGUCUGCAGCCCUGGAGGUAACUUAGAGGAUAUAAAGUGUUGGACUCUCAAGCAUGAGGUUCAGUUCCUCCCCCACCCCCAAACCCCCAUAAAGCUUUUAAAGAAAGAUGUAUAUAGUCUGAUGUAGCUUUUAAGUAGCUGUAGACACUGAAGCUGAAAUAUGUUGGAAAUGUUACAGUAUGGUAGUUGGUGACGUGUAAAAUGUACAGGGUAUUCAAUGAGUUCAUUCGACUAUUCUAGUGCUAAUGACUACAUUUUAGGAAUAACAGUCAUUUCUGCAGGAACAUUUUCUUAGUAAUUUUUCAUUUAAAGGUGUUUUUUAAAAUAUAAAAGCAAGACCAGAGCUACAGUGGAUUUUUUAGGAACUUGAUUAUGACAAAGGUGAGCUCUGUGAUCCUUAUGAACAUUCUUAAUUGCUAGCAAUUAAGACUGCUAGCAAUUUAACCUGGUGGAGAUAAUACCUCAAAUACUUCCUGAGGACCUAUGUAGGAGUCUGGGGCCCUGGGCCAGUUACUAGACAGUGUGGUCCUAACUCAGGUAGGUAGGCUAGAUGGUAAGUCUCCUAGGUAACGUGACGGGGGAGGAGAGGUUGUUACUAUAAGGAAAGACUGAGUCUAAACUGGGCUCUGAGCAGGGACAGGUUAUUAAGACAAACAGGCAAAGAUAUUCCAUGUUCUGUUUAGGAAAAGAUCCCACAGUAACAUGAUUUUGGAUGGUGUAUUUGUCUAUGCAAAAAUGUGUCAUGAUAGAUGUUGCUUACCUUUUUUCUUAAUGUUUCUCUUUUUCCCCCUCUAAUUUUUCUUUACCUGUUCUAUCUUUUCUGAAAAUUUGGUUUUAAAAACCAAAGAUGGAGAAAUUGGAAGCUUUUAGGCUCUGAACUAGUUUUUGUUUUUGGUAUAAAGAUUUAGAUAAUCAUGAAUGAAAUCAUUAACUUGAAUGCUAAUACAAUGGAUGAAAAAUUUAAUAGGAGAGACCAAAGUAAUAUACCACCUGGUCUGUUAGCAUUAUUAAAGUCAAAUACUAUUGAAAUAUUGUAACUUAAAGGUAUAUUCUAGAUUUCUAAAGUAUUUUUUAACUACUCUAGGGAUAGAAAAUUUAGGGAGUGGGUGAGAUUUAUUUUUAUAAGGUGAUUUUUAUCCUGACAAGCAUUAUUUUUUUAAAAAAUUUUCUGUAACUGAAAUUUUAAAGUAGCCAUGUUAAAUUAAAUACAUUUAAGAAAGUUGAAAAGGUCAUUAGACUAAAAAGUGAACUUUUGGUGUAUAUUUUAAUUUUUAUCUUGGCACUGUAAAAUAGGGAAGAGAUUACUAAUUAUGAAAACUAGAAUAAUAAUAAAGGACACUAAGAGGAUAAUGUAUUUGUAAGAUUACACUGGAAACCUGUAUAACCAUUCUCAGACUUGAAUUAUGGCUCUGAAAAGAUCAAACAAUCAUACUUCUAACAAAAUACAAGUAAUACAUUUUGUAAAGGAAGGCUUCUUAGCUUAGCACAUAGACAAGUAGCCUGCACCAGAAAAGCUUUUUAACUUCAGUUUUAAUAGAUGUAUUUUAGGAUGGUUCUCUUCCUUCACUGGCCCCCAUCCCUAUACUAGGUAAGAUACCUGGAAUCAAACUGUUGUUUUUUCAUUUUAAAUCAUGGAUAAAUUAAUUCCUGUUUGAGUUCAGCUGCUGCCUUAAUUUUCCAGAAACUGUUGUUAACCAGUCUAUAUAAUAUGCUAAAAUCCCCCCUUUUUUUUUGGUCUCUUUGUGAUUUUAUGUACAAAUUAAGACUAUAUCAGGGUGGCAGGUGAGUGAACUUAAUUUUCAAUCUUUUUUUACACACACACAAACACGAGUCUUCCUCCAAUCCUCAGUUAUUUAAGGCUAGUGACUUUUAGGGAUAUGUUUUAUAUUAAAUAUAGCUUUGUGCAUUAAAACAAGUGCCUUGAUGCUAUUCCAUCUAAGUCAUGCUUAACCCUCUACGAGGUGAGGGUGAGUUGCUGGUGGAUCACAGCCUAUUGCAGGGCAAGCAAGUUGGUUAGUAGCAUGCUGGUCCUUUUUCAGCUGGAAAGAUAUAUCCAUGAUGUUUAUUAUACCAAAUGUGUUGUGAUUUAGAAGUACUGCUUCAUUAACCUGCUAAUAAAUCACUGUGCUGUAAAAUUA